AGUUGUCGGACCGCUAAUAUAUGAAAGAAGAAGACAAGGUUUUUCGGUUCAAUCAGGCCGGAAAUCGUAACACAGUGAGCGCUGUGUUCGUCAAACAAACUGAAAUAGCUACAUGGUAGUUAGAAUGUCAUUAUCACUAGCUGCAGACAUACAGUAAGUAAUAUAAAACGGCAAUGUGUAUAAAAUCUAUUCGGUAGUAAGUGGCUGUAAUUGAUAGGAAAAGUCCAAUUUAACAGUAAAAUAUGUAUCGUGGACGGCCUCCACCUCGAGGGUAUCCGCCGCCGUACGAGGGCCGUGGUCCAUCGCCCCGUGGUCUUACGCCUGGCCGGCCGUAUCCUCGGCCUCCAUUUAGAGAAGAACGGGGCAGGCCCAGACCGCCGUUUGAGGGUUACCAUGAUGGACCACCUCCAGACCAGUACAGACGUUCUCCACCGCGAAGGAGGUAUACUUCAGCUGGUUCAGGAAGUCGCAGAGGACCAGGUGGUGAAUACUGGGGCAGCGGCCCUCCCCAAAGAGAAAGAUCUCCAUCUCCCCGUGGUGGCAUCCCCCCUGACCACAGUCUGGUCAUCACUGUGGGCAAUGAGUUGACUGGACCACCUGGGGUAGGGCUACCCUCAAGAGACUACCCUCCUUACCUGCCAAAGAGGUCCAGUUAUGACGGCCCUGAUGACCGUGGCCCCAGGAGGCAGAGUCCCAGCAGGGGGAGAAGCCGUCCUCGUAGCCGCAGCCCGGGAUUCGGGGGACGGAGCAAGAGCCGUCCUCGUAGCCGCAGCCCGGGAUUCGGGGGGCGGAGCAAGAGCCGUCCUCGUAGCCGCAGCCCGGGAUUCGGGGGGCGGAGCAAGAGCCGUCCUCGUAGCCGCAGCCCGGGAUUCGGGGGGCGGAGCAAGAGCCGUCCUCGUAGCCGCAGCCCGGGAUUCGGGGGGCGGAGUAAGAGCCGUCCUCGUAGCCGCAGCCCGGGAAUCGGGGGGCGGAGCAAGAGCCGUCCUCGUAGCCGCAGCCCGGGAAUCGGGGGACGGAGUAAAAGCUGUGUCCGAAGUCACAGCCCUGCAAUGGGGGUACGGCGCAAAAGCCGCGCUCGAAGCCCCAGUCCUGAAAUGGGGGGACGGAGCAAAAGCCGCGUCAGAAGUCGCAGCCCUGAAAUGAAGGGACGGAGCAAAAGCCGGGCCCGAAGCCGCAGUCCUGAAAUGGGGUCGCGGAGCAAGAGCCGGGCCCGAAGCAAAAGCCCUGAAAUGGGGGGGCGGAGCAAGAGUCGUGGAAGGAGCAAGAGCCGUCCGCCAAGCAGGUCCCGAAGCAGGAGUGGGAGUCAUGGCCAGAGCUAUGGACGGGCCCGCAGUAUGAGCAGAGCAAAGACUGCUGGUCCACGUAGGAGCCGCAGUGUUAGUACUAGCAGCAGUAGCAGGAGCAGCAGGGGAGGCGAUAACAACUUAAAGAAGACAAGUGGGUUCAAGGAGCUGGAGUUGGCCCGUCGCCGCAAAGAGAUGGAAGACAUGCUGAAUAUUCCCACAAAGUCAAUCCUGAAGAGGCGCAUGGACUCUGAGACUGACUCCCCGUCAUAUGUGCAGAACAGUGAUUCUCCAAGAGUUGACCCUGCUGGUGAGGCUGAGGCAGAGCGUCUUCUCUCAGCUAUGAAAGGCAUGGACCCUAUCAUGUUGGCCACCAUGCUGGGGGAGCUGAGGGAUGACCCACACAUGGCCCAGAGUAGCCUGGACCACAGUGGGAUUGCAGGGAUCCUUGACCUGUUGGGAGGUGCACCUGCACCGCAGGAGGAAAAAAGGAAGAGGGUGCCAGACAUUGACGAUGAGGAGAAGUUCCUUUAUGGCGAUGAAGAUGCUGUAGAGCGGGGCAGGGCUCCAGCAGAAGCUCCCCGUCAGCACAGUCUGUCAGAGCUCUAUGGUGAUAUUAUGAGUGACCCGGCACGCUAUGGCACCUCACCGCACCUAGAGGGCCAUCCUGGUAUUGUAGAUCCGAGAAGCUCUCGUCAGCAACAAAUAGACGUGAGGUAUCGGCAUCAAAGCAGGUCCUCUGCCAUCCCUGACCAUAAUAUCAAGGUUGAAGAGCCUAAUGACUACCCACCAGGAACAGGGCCACUGGAAGGGAAGGAAAAGCAAGACGUGGAGGAGUACGAGAAGAUCCAGGACCUCCUCAAAACCAUCGGGCUGGACCUGGGGGUGACGGAGAUCAGCAAGAUGGCUGCCAGGACUCAGGAGCGUCUGCAUGGAAAGAAGCCCCCUCCGAAAACUCCCUCCCGUCGACCUGGCAAGAGGCGGGAUCACCGUGACUCUUCAGGAAGCUCAGACAGGAGCAGGGGCAGGCGUAGGAGCUGCAGUGGGAGCAGCUCUAGCAGUCGUAGCGACAGCCAGAGCCGUAGUAGCAGCCGUGGUAACAGCAGGAACCGGAAGAAGUCACCCCCAUCUGACAGGCACAGCAACCAUGGGAAGACUCGAGGCGGCAGAGAGGUGAGGACUGAGGACAGUAGCUGGGGGCAGAAGGCUUCACAAGCCCCUGAAACUACUCCAGUGCCACCCACCCACCCAUCUCUCUCCAUGCCUGCCUAUGCCCAAGCCCAGGCGCAUGGUCUGGUACCACCCAACUAUCCACCUCCUGGCUAUGGGCAAUAUGGGAACUGGCCUUACAUGCCCCAACAGUGGCCCAUGUACCCACCUCCAUCUAUGGGCAUGCCACCUCAAUCUCCCAUUGAAGAUUUUCCGAAUGCUCCGCCUUUUGACAGACCAUACCUUAAAGUUAUCCAGCCAGAGUUGCACCAGGGGGGUGAUAGAAAGGCAUCAUCCAAUAUGGCCCCUCAAGAUAAUGGCAAGGAUAGGAGGGUUUUAGAGGAGCGAAAUAAUGAAAGGCAAAAACAAAAGGUUCUUGAAGAACGGGAAAAACUGAGACGAGACAGAGAGAUCCGCAUGAAAAAGAAAGAUUAUCUCAUGAAGGAACUAGAGAGAUUGAGGAAACAGCAAGGGGAGCUUCUGCGCAAAAAGCGGCGUGAAAAGGAUGGCCAUAAGGACCCGUUACUGUCUGAGAUCAGUCGGCUGCAGGAAGAGGUCAUGACUCAGAUUGCUGAGCUCCGCAAAGAGCACGAGGUAGCAGAGAAGAAACGGUCCGAGCUUGACAAGGUGGCUCUCAUUCUCGGUCUACAACCAAAUGACAAGCCCCGGCGAGAGGGUAGGGGUUCUGCGGACCUUGAGCAGCCAACACACCCGCCACCUCCAGAGAAAGAGAAGAAAAAGGAGCGUGCUCACAUCCGAGAGAGAUCACCUGUGGCCCAUGCCUCUGCUAAGGCAGCAUCGUCGUCCUCAAGAGCCUCUCCUGAAAAAACGAAGAAGAAAGCCCCCGCCAGUACCCAGCCUCCUGAGACUCCAGCAGACCUGUUUGAACACUAUGACGCUGGGAACCACUGGUGCAAAAGUUGCAAUGUCACCUGUGGUUCCAUGUUCGAUUUUUUCACGCACUUGCACAGCAAAUCGCACCGAAAGACUCAGGAUCCUUACAAUCGACCGUGGGCGUCAAGUUCCUCCAACAAUGAGAAGAAUAAGAUUCACUCUUCAGGAGAGAAAAUGACUAAACCUGCUAAAGGAUCUGAGUUUUUGGUGCCAGUGAGGGGAUAUUAUUGCCAGCUUUGCGAGGAGUUUUGCGGGGAUGCAAUUUGUGCUGAAGAUCAUGCCACGAGUCAACCUCACAAUGAGAAAUACAAGAAACGAAUGUAUGAGUAUCCGCUCUACGAACAGAGAAGGAACCUGGAUCGUCAAGCUGGACUCACGUUGGAAGUUAGUGACAAAAAGCACUCUGAGCUUAAACGUAAACACGAAGAGGAAGAGUCCAAAAAGAGCAAAGAGAAGGAGGAAGGGAAACCUAAACGCAGCAAAAAGGAGGAGGAGAAGUCCAAACACAAAAGGGAGGAUGAUGUGGAGAGGGUCAAGUACAGCAAAAAUGAGGAAGAGAGGUAUUUGUACCGCAAGAGAGAGGAGGAGGAGCGGUACAAACAUGGUAAGGAGGGAGGAGAGAGGCCCAAGUACAGUAAGAAGGAGGACGACGAGAGAUACAAGCAUGGCAAUGAGGAGGAGCGGUUCAAAAAUCGCAGGGAAGAGGAGGAGUGGUUCAAAAAUCGCAGGGAAGAGGAAGAGCGGCUCAAAAACCGUAGAGAGGAUGAAGACAGGCCUAGGUUUAGCAGGGUAGAGGAGAGACCCAAGUUUAAUUGGAGGGAUAAUGAGCAGGAGGAAGAGGAAGACCGGUCCAGAUAUGGGAAGUGGAAAGAGCCCAAUCCCAAAUGUAGCAAGAAAGAGGAGGAGAGGUAUAGAUCAGAGAGGGAGGAAGGGAAACCUAAGAAUGAAAAGGAGGAAAGACAAUCCAGAAAAGAGAAGGGUGGGUGUCAAAGGGAGGAGACGUCAGGAUCUAGAAAGCAGUCUGAGCCUGAGAAACCCAGUGACCCUCCCAAAGUGUUCUGUGGUCCUAAUCCAGCAUUGAGAGCAAAGCUGCGCAAGAAAAGUGAGGAAACAGCCAAAGUGGAGCCAAAGGCUCCAUCUGCCUUCGGUAAGUUUAGCUGGAAAAGAAAACUAGAAAAUGAGCUUGCGAAGGAGGCUGAGAGAGUGGCUGUUGAGUUUCUGAAGGAAGAUGAGGAGGUUGAAGAGGAUGACGACCCAGAUGCAUUUUCAAAGUCUUUGGCCGCAGCCAAGAGCAUUGCUAUCAAACUAUCAGGGAAGACGGUCAUCUCCCCAACUAGCGCAUGGGUACCCUUCAACUCUGGGAAAAUACGCCCAAACCUUCCUGCUCCUUCCACGGUCCUGAGAAAACCCUCUGGACUUGGGCCCUGGGUAUAUGCUAAACCGGCCCCUCUCAACACCUUUCUCUCUAUCAGACCACCCGGUGACAGUGACAGUGACGUGACCCCUCUGCCUGUCAUACAGAACCAGCCUAAAAAUGACCCAGUACUGGCAGCAGACAUCAUUUCCAAAGCUUUCUGCGGUGAGGAAGUGGAUUUGAAGAAGUCAGCAGAGGGCACUGGGAAGCCAGGUCCCACUUCACCAGAUGAAAAGAAAGCUUCCACAGCAGAGUCUUUUAGUCAAGCCUCCACAUCUACUCCUUCAGCAGUGAUGCCUGAGUUCAAGACUCCCCUGCCUCCCCUGACCAUGAUGACCAUGAAGUUUGAUGUAUCUGCACCAGGAGUCCCUGAGAGUGAGCAGAAUGUCCCUGUGAUGGUCACACCCCCUCCUUUCAUGCAGAGACCCCCAAGUGAGGUGAUGAACAAAUCAGAAAAACCUAAGUCUAAUCUAGCUGCCGCAAAAGCCCAAGAUUUAUUUGACAUAUUCUAUAGCAGCAUUACCACAGCCAGUACCACAUCCAUCACCUGCACAGCCACUAAAGCAGUUGUAGACUCCAAAGGUGAAACAAAUGACUCAAAGAACAGUGAAGCCUUGGCGACUACGGCCUCACAAAUGGAGCAAACCCAACCCGAGCUAGCAGCUCUUGAGAACAGUAACACCAUUGAAACUGAAACUCAGGAGUCAGAGACUGAGAGUGGGUUUGACCCACAGGCCACUAAAGCAGUCAUAGAGUCCAAAGCUGCCCUGAAUGACUCAAAUAACAGCAAAGCCUUGGAAGCUACGGCCCCACAAACAGAGCAAACCCAACCAGAGUUCACAGAUCUUGACAACCGUAACGCGUUUGAAACCGACACUCAGGAGUCAAUGGAGACUGAGAGUGGGUUUGACCCGAAGGCCACUAAGGCAGUUGAAGAGUCCAAAGCUGCCCUGAAUGACUCAAAUAACAGCAAAGCCUUGGAAGCUACGGCCCCACAAACAGAGCAAACCCAACCCGAGCUCCCAGAUCUUGACAACCGUAACGCGUUUGAAACCGACACUCAGGAGUCAAUGGAGACUGAGAGUGGGUUUGACCCGAAGGCCACUAAGGCAGUUGAAGAGUCCAAAGCUGCCCUGAAUGACUCAAAUAACAGCGACGCCUUGGAAGCUACGGCCCCACAAACAGAGCAAACCCAACCAGAGUUCACAGCUCUUGACAACAGUAACACUAUUGAAACCAACACUCAGGAGUCAAUGGAGACUGAGAGUGGGUUUGACCCGCAGCCCAAGGAAGAGACUCCUGAGGAUGCUCCCGUACAACUGGAUAACCCAUCAGAUUCUCUGGGUAUCUCAACAGAGACCCUGGAUCUCCCAACAGAAGUGCUGGGCUUAGACCUCUUUGAUUUUAAUCUUGAGUAACAGACUCCACUAGAUAGCAGGCCGUUGGAAAUGUGUGUUUUUAGGUAGUUGAUGGGAUUAGACGGGAACUAGUAGUAACCCACACAAAUACUGCUGAUUCGGAAACUAAGCCCUGUUAACUUGAUGGCCCUAGCAGGCAGCUCAAAUUUGAAUGGAGUGAAACUUCCACUAAAAGACUUGACUUUCAUAUUAAGUGAUGAAUCUUCAGAACUUUAGAAGCUUGUUCUGCAAGCCUUUUGUCUUGAAUUUUACUUCUUCGUUCAGCAAAACCUUUCUUUACUUCUUAAAAGGUAAUGUACUGUACCAUGCUUAUUGAUUACUAUGGUUUUUGGUAUAUCCACCUUCAGACUCUUAAGAAAUGUGUUCUUUUCUCUUUAAAUGAUUGAAAGGUAUUUUAAUACAGGAACAAGAACUCACGUUUAAGAAGAAAACAGAAUUUGGUAAGGUAGUGCAGCAUGGACCAAAAGAUAUCCGAACAUGGCUUUCUUUGACAAUUACACCAUGUAAUAUCUGUCACUUUUUACAGCACCCUCCAGAAAAAGAUGUGGAUAUAGAUACUCAUGAACAUAACCUUGAAAUUGUUGAUCUUUUAAAAAAAAAACUCAUUUGUUCACUGACUUUACUAUGCUCGAUGUUAUUGUGUUAGUAAAAAAAAAAUGGUUGUCCUUUAUCUGUUGUUGCUAAAGUAGAGUUCAAAUAAAUUUCAGUGACCACAA